AUGGGUGGCGGAGAUUUGAACAUGAAAAAGUCAUGGCACCCCAUGCUCAUGAAGAAUCAAGAGCAGGUGUGGCUCGCACAAAAGCAGGCGCUCGAGGAAAGGAGAAAGGUCGAGGAACUCCGGAAAGAACGCGAGGAGGAGAGACAGCUUCAAGAGCUCCAGAGGCUUCAGCAGGAGAAAACGGGGAAAACGCGUGUUGAGAAAUUGGACUGGCUUUAUGCGACUCCAGCGUCCGGGAGCGGACCCAACGCCAGCGAAAUGGAGGAGUAUCUCCUGGGCAAGAAGCGAGUGGACAAGAUUCUCAUUGCAGAUGAGAAUGCAAAGUUGGGCGCAUCGCACAAGAACUUCAUCGCUGUCCAAAACGCCAACACCGCGCGGGAUAUUGCGGCCAAAAUCCGUGAGGACCCACUUUUUGCAGUGAUGCAGCAACAGCAGAGUGCAAUGCAAGCCCUGCGCGAUAACCCCCUCCGCCUCGAGGAGCUUCAGAAGAAGACCGGCAUCACGCUCAAGUCAAAAGACAAGAAAGAAAAGAAGGACAAAAAGAGCAAGCGAAGGCAUGAUCAUGAUGAAGACGACGAACGUCGACACCGGCACCACCGCUCAAAGGACCAUGACAGCGACGAGCACCACCGACGUUCUCGCUCACGCAGUCGCACUCCUCCUUCCAAUGAGCGCUACUCCCGUCAUUCUCGUCGCUCCCCUAGUCCUGCUCCAAAGCACCGUCUGCGCAGUCCGUCGCCUGUGCGAGAUCGACGUCGUUCGCGCAGCCCAUCCCCUCGUUAUUCUAAACGCUCGCCUAUGGAUACCCGCAGACAAUCUCGCAGCCGAACUCCACCUCGAAGGCGUUCCCCCGAGUCAAGGCCACACUACAAAGAUCGGUAUUCACGACGUGAUGGCCCUUCUUCGUACCACUCAAGGAGACGCUCCCCAGAACCAUCCACGUCGUCUUCUCGAAGGGCCUAUGACGAGAAGGAUCGUGCUGCUCGUCUAGCUGCAAUGUCAACGGACGCAGAUGCUAUGGAGGUAGAACGAGGUCAUCAUCUCGCCGAACUCAAUGCACGAGAUGCUGCUCAGCUCGCUAAAGAGGAAGAAGAGAGGAAGAGAAAUGCUCGCGAUGGUAUUCAAGGUGGCUCUUUCCUCAGUGGUCAACAAAAGCGAGCCAUGGAUGUCAGUCUUGGUGAUAAGAUGCGUCAAGGUCAUCGAAGCCAUGUAGCGGAGAAGGCAUGA